AUGGGUAUCUCCAGAGACAGCAGACACAAGCGCUCAGCUUCUGGUGCGAAGCGAGCAUAUUACCGGAAGAAGCGCGCUUUCGAAGCCGGCCGACAAGAGUCCAACACCCGUAUCGGAGCCAAGAGAAUCCAUCUUGUCCGCACCCGUGGAGGAAACCGCAAGUUCCGUGCCCUGCGUCUCGAAGCCGGUAACUUCUCCUGGGCCUCCGAGGGAAUCGCACGCAAGGUCCGUGUUAUCGUCGUCGCCUUCCACCCGUCCAACAACGAGUUGGUCCGAACCAACACCCUCACCCGCUCCGCCGUUGUCCAGGUCGAUGCCGCUCCUUUCCGUCAAUGGUACGAGGCCCAUUACGGACAAAACCUCGGUCGCAGACGUCAACAGAAGGCUGGACAAGAGAUCGCUGAGCCCGACACCAAGAAGAGCAAGUCCGUCGAGAAGAAGCACCAUGCACGUUUCGCUGCUCAAGGAAAGGUCGAGCCGGCGUUGGAGAAGCAGUUCGAGGCUGGUCGUCUGUUUGCCGUCAUCUCAUCCCGCCCAGGGCAGAGCGGACGUUGCGAUGGUUACAUCUUGGAGGGCGAGGAGCUUGCUUUCUACCAGCGCCAACUGAGAAAGUAG